AUGGAGGACGACCUGCAGUAUCACCUACAGGGACUCGAGAUCUCGACGGGGCAGUCGAACGCUCCCACGGACUCCAAGACCGCUCUCAUGCGCCUGCAGCUGCAGGUGGCGCACCUCCAGAGGCAGCUGCAGACCGCCGUGAAGCAACGAGAGGUCGAUGACAUGGCGUUUAUGCAAGCAGCGCAGUACGCAGGUGCCAAGGGAUCUGCGAAUGGCGUUUUGCACGCGCUGUUUGACCAAGCGAGCGCUGGCAAGACAGCCGUGUUGAAGGCGUACGUGGACUCUGGCUCGAUCCCAACGCGGGACGGUCUACGGCACUGGCGACUGGACAUCCGGGGUAUUCGGAACGAAGCUGGGGCGACGCUGCUCCACGCAGCGGUUGGUGUCUCGACUGCGAGGCAGAAUGCCAAAGUGAAGCUCGUGCACUUGCUCGUGGACCGCGUUGGCUUUGACCCGAACGUCCGAAACGUGUUUGGACAGACGCCGUUGCAUGUUGCUGCAAUGGGAGGAUACCCAGAGGUGGUCCGGGCACUACUAGAGAGAGGAGCGGACCCAAUAGCCCAAGACCGAUCUGGCCUCACGGCGUUGUCACUGGUUCAUACGCUGUCAAGACCGCCGGAAGAAGUUGUUCAGAUCUUGGUCGACGCUGAAAGCGCGGCAAUGCGAAAGAUUCGCUCUCCGUCUGAUACGAUCCCGCUAUCUAAAGCGCUUGCAUCGGCGUUAUUCCUCCGAAGCUUGUCUCGCUUUACUAGAUCUCAUCACGCUAGCGCAUUUGCUGAGCAGACUACUGCGCUGGUAACUGCACUGCUUGAAGGAACACAUGAAACCGACGUGGCAUUUGAUCAGCUCCUCCAAGAGCAGGUUCCCAUGUUGUUUGAUGUUGUGCGUGCUUGCCAAACCGUUCACCCGAGCACAAUCUUUGCGAGCAGUCUCUACUUGAAUCCUGGUUUUAUCGAUGACUUGAGACUCGAGGCUGAUGGAUAUGGACUGUCACUCGUGUCGCCUGCUCUUACGUACGCUGCGCUUGCUGGUCCUAUUUGGACAGGUAUGCUGCUCAAGCUGAUACAGCGUGUCAAAGUGGAGAUGGCGGAGCUAGCUAUACGUGAUGACGACAUUGAUGCCCCUUCACCGGAUGCAGCAGUGCUGUAUGGACAUGACAAUGACGAGGAUGUGCGAAUGCAGGAAGCGAGCUCCGAAAGAUUGGUGACUCUUCCAUCGCGUAAGGUGUCGAGAUCUUCUUCGCUCACGUCACACUCGAUGGAUUCUUGCUCCGAGUUAUGCUACGCUGACCAAGCUACACGUGUCGUCAGUAAUCGACAAGCUUGGUGUUACGCGGUACUGUUCAAGGCAUCGACGCACGCUUUCCCAGGAACGAUUGCGGUCACACCCGAUAGUGACAUCGCAGUCUCAUCAGAGGAUGUGUCCAAGUAUUUCCCGCUGGAAGACCGUCUUUUGAUCGGCUCAGCAGAGUAUUUUGCGACUGGUUACAAUCCGCAAACUCGUGAGUUUCGGCUAGAUCGCCGUUACGACGGGAAGGAAGCUGCUGUUGUGAAGGCUUAUCUUACCGGGUCGUGCUCGUCACUACUACCUCCAUAUGUUGCACUUAAGCAGAUUUGGGAACGUAAACCCGGGAACAAGUACGAAGACCAAAUGAGCGGUGAACAGGAGCUCUACCAAGACUACCAGUUCUUACACCCGGAAAGUGAGUACGAGGCAGCGAUCAAACUCGGGCCCAUCCCGAACAAAAAGGAUGCGAAAACAAUUGUUGCCGAGUGGAAGCGGACUGCAAAGCAGCUCUUCGAUGCUCGAGAAUGCAAGUCUGGCCUGGCGUGCUGUGAACAUUACUGCCCACAGCGUAAUGGUCACUCUCUGUGCGUAGGAACGUUAGCCGUCAUUGGACAAGGCCUUGCCAAACGCCAUCUCGGACGCCCGACGUUUUACAAGCCUCUGAAACCUCGUGCCUCCCUGCAGCGGCUUCAAGAUCGUUUCAAAGGAGCGUUUGAGUGGCCAGGUUCACCGUCUCAAGCGGUUCACCAGCGCUUUGCCGUUUGCCAGUAA